AUGGCCGCGCCGGCACCCUCCCCGCUGCUUCGAGCUUGGCCGCGGUGGCGUCCUCUCCCGUCGUGCAGGGCAGCGGCCGCUCCCUCCCCGGCGUGCUCGGCCACGGCGGCCUCCUCCGUCGUGCAUGACCGCGACUACCCGCUGCCUAAAGCCGAGGUCUUGAAAGUUGGUAAGCAGGUUGUUCCAAAGCGUGUCACCAGAGUCUUGUCCAGCAGAAUAGUUAAGACAUGGAGAGAUAUACAGGAGCACCUUCCACUGGAUAAAAGUGGUGUUCCACUUGAAGCACACGAAAAAUUUGCAGAACCAAGAGAAGUGGAGAAGUUAGUUAUAACCCCAUCAAAGAAGGAGCUAGGUGUUGCAUUCAAAGGGAACCAAAAGAUGGUUCUCGAAGCAUUGGAAGUAAGUUUCAUCUCCACAUUGACUUAUAUGAAAGCAGCUUUAGAGUCUAAAGGGGAGGUUGAAUUUAAGGUUUGUACCCUUGGGAAAGAUGUCACCGUAAAGAAAAAUAUGGUUUCAAUUAACCUCGAGAAGAAAAAGGAACAUCAAAGGAAAUUUACUCCUUCUGUCAUAGAACCAUCAUUUGGCAUAGGGAGAAUUAUUUACUGCUUGUUCGAACAUUGCUUUUAUCAAAGGACUGGCAAGACGGAUGAUGAGCAGUUGAAUGUGUUUGGUUUCCCCCCUCUAGUUGCUCCAAUUAAGUGUACCGUGUUUCCACUGGUCAAGUUUGAGAAAUUUGAUAUUGUUGCGAAGAAAAUUUCAAAAGCAUUGACAACAGCAGGGAUUUCUCACAUUAUUGAUAUCACAGGUACACUAAACUUACAGAAAGCCAUUGUGUUUAUUUUUCUGUUCUAA